AUGAAAAUCAUCAUCAUCGGCGCCGGCAUCUCCGGGUGCACCGCAUACCUGCAACUCAGAAAACACCUCCCGCACCCACGUGGACCAGCACCUGCAGCACAGCACGAGAUAACCAUUUACGAAGCUUAUGAUACAAACAUCGACACAACACACGAAGGCCGCGAUGGCGACACCCAUUCCUCCACAUUAGUCGUUGGCGGCGGACUAGGCAUCUUUCCCAACGGUCUUAACGUCCUGAAGCGUCUAGAUGGUAACAUUCUCCGCGAUAUCGUGCGCGGGGGGUACGCCAUCGCGCAUCAGAAUCUGAGGACGAAGAAUGGGUCUUUGUUGGUGAGGAUGGAGACGAUGGCGGAUGCAGAUCCGGAGAUGGAUGGGAAGCAGAUGCAUCUGCUUGGUGUUAGUCGGCAUUGGUUGUGGAAGAAUUUAAGGCUUAGGAUUCCGGGUUGUGAUAUUGAGACGAGGCGCGUGGCAAGUGUGGCUGCGAAUGAGAAUGGUCGCAAUAGAGUGCACUUUGCGGAUGGGAGCGAACCUGUUGAGGCGGAUUUGGUUAUUGGUGCGGAUGGGGUCAAGGGAGUUACCAAGCUGGCGUUGUUCCCUGGGAAGGAGGGGGACUAUGCGCCUGAAUAUCAAGGCCUUGUCGGGGUUGGAGGGUUCAUCUCGACCGAAGAAGUCAAAGGGCUCGUGGAGAAAGGCUCAAUGAAUCUACUUUUCAGCGGGAGUGGAUUCUUCGGAUACUUCUUCUCGAGCAGCGCCGCAUCUGCACCGGACCGUGAGUCUGUAUAUGGUGUUUCCGAGCCGGGCGAGUCGCUCGGAUGGUGGUCAACGUAUUCCGUUGACGAAUGUCCAGACCCCAAGACGCUGGACAUGGAAGCAGUUGCGGAUCAACUACGCGAGAGGCACGGAGACUGGAAGGACCCGGUUAUUCAGAAGAUCAUAAGCUCUUUGCAUGUUAAGAGCAUGUACCCAACCUGGACAUCGCCUCAGCUUCCGACAUGGGAAAAAGACGGUGUUGUUCUUGUCGGGGAUGCAGCACACGCCCUUCCAUCCACAUCGGGACAAGGCUCCUCACAGGCUUUGGAGGAUAUUGAGGCGUUUACAAUACUGCUUGGCAAUGCCCUCCGUGAAGUGGAUCAGGAAAGCUCAGCUGAUACAGCGGAAUAUAAGAGUGCUAUCACAUCAGCUGCUAAACAAUACAUCGAGAUCCGCCGGCCACGGGUGCAGAGUAUCCUGGAGGGUGCACAACGCAUGCAGAGUACCAAACGGGACAUGGGUUGGAUAGCUGAGUGCGCAAUGUAUUGUGCGAUGUGGAUUGCCGGAUGUUUUCCGAAAAUGAUGUCGGGGCCUGUGAAGCGGGUGAUUAAUUAUAAUAUUUCCGAGGAGGCGAAGGCGUUUAUUGAACAGAGGAAGAAAACUUGA